UAGACAGCUUUUGAAAACAGAAACAACACGGUUAACGAGGAACAACAGCACGUUUGUUGACCAGAAACAUCUGUAACGAAGGAUAGGCUUCUUGAUAGGAUGCGUACCCAAGUGGACGUCUGUCUCAUCUUCAGAUAUCUAUUUCUUUGCGAGAAAAAUCUAAUUCUCUAGCUAACGUUAGCUGGCUAACUACUAGCUAACUCUUGCCAUUUUGACCUCGGUUCUGGAACGUUGUCUGCCACGGUUGUGAUYACAUUACCAUGUCUGGGACUUCAGGUAGAGCGGUGCUCCCUCAACCUCCAACAAAAACUAUUGUUGUCUACAGGAAUGGGGAUGCUUUCUUUCCUGGACGAAAGUUUGUUAUAAAUCAACGACAGAUGUCAACGUUUGACAGCUUUUUGAGCUAUGUCACGCGUGGGGUUGAGGCCCCUUUUGGAGCGGUCCGAAAUGUUUACACUCCAAGGGAAGGGCACAAAAUCCAUGACCUCGUCAACUUGCAGCACGGGGAGAGAUAUGUUGCAGCUGGAGGAGAGCGUUUCAAAAAGCUUGAUUAUUACCAUAUAACAACGAAGAAACCACAGAAAAAGAAGAAUGAACAGAUCCGACCUGUAGUUCACAGUAGAAUAGUUGUUUCUGCUCGCUGGAGGAAAAUAAUAAAYGAGUCAUGCACUAUCAAUGUUUUUACCAAUGGAGAUGUGUUGGUUCCUCCAGCUCGGAUACUGAUACCAAAGUAUACUCUCACAAACUGGGAAAGUGUCUUGGCCAUGGUGACCGAGAGGGUACAUCUGCGCACUGGUGCUGUGUACAGACUGUGCACAUUAGAUGGGACUACUUUACUUGGGCCAGUGGAGCUAGAGAACAACCAGUACUAUGUUGCUGUGGGAGCUGAGAAGUUCCGCUUCUCGCCAUACUUCCAGUGGGUCCCCAGCAGAGGAAUCAUCCAGGACAACAGUCAUCAUGCAGUCAACAAUGACAGUCUCCCAGUCCCUGUUCCCACAAGGAAAGGCAAACAUGCAAAAUUUGCUCACACAGGYUCUGGAGAUGACCUUGAGCACACAGCCAGGGGCCAUCCCAAGAACGCCACAGAGUCUUACUUCUACGCCAAGCCAGAGAAAGAGAGGGAGACAGCCAAACAACAGAGGCAGGUGUCCAGACUCCCACUUCUUUACACAACGGGCGAAGGCAGUGUGUUCCGUGCGAAAGACAAAAGAAGUGAAACUGUGGGAGCAGCUGAGGUCCAGGAAGAUGGCAGAGUGACGGUGGACCUGCCAAUUGACCAGGUUGAGGCCAAGGUAGUCCAGGAGGAAGAGCAGUAUGUCCGGAGGAAUUCCAGGCCGGCCGGUGAAACCCAGAGUCCCUACAAAGCCUUCCUCCAAGGCUCUGAUGCAUCCAGGAAGGUCAGUGGACUGGACUGCCACGUGGACAGUGCGUGGCAUUUUGGAAUGAAGGGAAUWAAUUAA